AUGACUGCGCUAUAUACUUGUCGUCACGUGUGUUCCAAUCGCGGAUGGGGCUGCGGACUCUCAAACAUCGGUGCUCAGAUAAAGUUUUCCAUGAAUAUCCGGUGCGCACGGCCUGAGGAUCUCAUAAACACUCAGCAUGCCAACCUUAUGUGUCUCCCCGAAAACUACCAGAUGAAGUACUACUUUUAUCACGCGUUGACCUGGCCGCAGUUGUCUUACGUGGCAGAAGAUCAUAAGGGUAAUGUCGUCGGAUACGUCUUAGCGAAAAUGGAAGAGGAUCCUGACGAAGAGCCACAUGGUCAUAUCACAUCACUUGCUGUGAAGCGGUCCUACAGGAGGUUAGGUCUAGCUCAGAAACUUAUGGAUCAAACGGCACGUGCUAUGAUCGAGACUUUCAAUGCUCGUUAUGUUUCCCUUCAUGUUCGCGUCAGCAAUAGGGCAGCACUAAAUCUUUAUCAGAACACACUCAAGUUCACUGCCAGCGAGGUAGAACCCAAGUACUAUGCUGAUGGAGAAGAUGCGUAUGCCAUGAAACGGUGCCUAGUUCAAUUUGCGACCGAGAACAAUAUUGAACCAGCUGACAGAGAGUCAUUUUUCGCGGUGAAGUCGAACGAAGAUAAAAAGAAGAACAGGCAGUGA